CUGACUACACUUGGUGUUUCACUUGGCACUUUGGGGGCUAUACCAGCAGCAGCAUUGGACCCUAACAUUACGGCACUGGGAGAAAUACCACAGCCACCAAUUAUGGGGAAUGUGGACCCAUCCAAAAUUGAUGAAAUCAGGAGAACAGUCUAUGUUGGAAACUUGAAUUCACAGACUACAACAGCAGAUCAGCUGCUUGAAUUCUUUAAGCAAGUUGGAGAAGUCAAAUUCGUGCGAAUGGCAGGUGAUGAGACCCAGCCAACACGAUUUGCUUUUGUGGAAUUUGCAGACCAGAAUUCUGUUCCUCGGGCCCUUGCCUUUAAUGGAGUUAUGUUUGGAGACAGGCCAUUGAAAAUAAAUCACUCCAAUAAUGCCAUAGUGAAGCCUCCUGAAAUGACACCACAAGCUGCUGCCAAGGAACUGGAGGAAGUGAUGAAGAGAGUAAGGGAAGCCCAGUCUUUCAUAUCUGCUGCUAUUGAGCCAGAGUCUGGAAAGAGCAGUGAAAGAAAAGGCGGUCGAUCUCGUUCCCAUUCUCGUUCAGAAUCCAGGUCUAGUUCAAAAUCCCGAUCUAGAAGGAAAAGAUCGCAUUCAAAGCACAGAAGUAGAUCUGGCAACAGAUCACUCUCAAGGCACAAGGACAGACGGAGAUCCAGAAGUCCCCUGAAAAAACGGUCAAGAUCUAGAGAAAGACGAAAAUCAAGAAGUCGCUCUCGUUCUCGGGACAAGAAAAGAGACAAAGAAAAGGUCAAGGAAAAAGAAAAGGUCAAAGAAAAGGAGAAAGAGAGAGACCGAGACAAGGAGAAGGAGAGAGACCGUGACAGAGAUAAAGAAAGAGAGCGAGAUAGAGAGAGAAACAGGGACAAGGAGAAGGACAGGGACAGAGACAAAGAGAGAAAAGAUCGGGAGAGAGUCAGAGAUAAGGAUAGGGAUAGAGACAGGGAAAAGGAGAAGGACAAAGAUAGGGACAAGGAAAAGGAAAAAGACAAAGAUAGGGACAAGGAAAAAGAUAGGGAAGAGGAAAAGGAAAAAGAUGGGGAGAAGGAGAAGGAGCGAGAAAGAGAUGAUAAAAAGAAAAAAGAGAAGAGAUCCAAAACUCCUCCAAGAAGCUAUAGCUCCUCAAGAAGAUCUCGUAGCUCCAGCAGAGAAAGGCGUAAAAGGAAGAGCAGAAGUCCCUCCAAAUCUCCUAAAUCAUCCAAAACAACAAAAAGAAAGUCUUCACGAUCUCCAUCUCCAAGGAGCAGGAACAAGAAGGAAAAAAAAAGAGAAAGGGAUACAAAUAAUGAAAGAAGAGAAAGAGAAUGCUCCGCCUCCAAGAAAAAAAGUAGCAAAGAAAAGGAGGGAAAGGAAAAAUCUGACAAAAGCAGCACUGCUUUGAAG